AUGAACAACUUUUAUGAUAGGAAAGAUAGGACAUUAUUCGUGUCGAUGAUCCACAAAUCCAUCACGGAUGACGACCUUUACGCACUAUUGAGUCGUGCUGGUCCUAUAGAGAAAGUCAUUUUCAAAGAAAAUCAGGAUGGCACUCCAUUGCACGCUCUCGUCAUCUUCAGAAAUGUCGAAUCUGUUGUCUUUUCAAUGAUCCAUAUCCUUCCAAUGGUUCGGUCAUCAAAACUGAUCGAGUUGCGCCCAUUACGCGGGCUGAAGACGGCGCCUAAUGUUUACACUAACCGUCUUUACACAAAUGAUCCCUUAUCUCAAAACCUCAGUGCUGCAGCCGGGUCGAGCUUUCAUGCUAAUUAUCGUCAUCUGGAAGGAAAAAUGGUCAACUCUAACACAACGAACGACCUUGAGCUGGUCCUGGAUCGUAUUCCCAUAGAAUAUCCGGCCCUCGUGAUGGAAACCUUUCUUUCAAGCAAGAGCGAAAUCCGCGACGACUGUGCCUCCCUGGCUGAUGGCUAUUGCUGGAUGGUUUCCAAGCAUAACAUAUUUGUUUGGAGUGCGACUACGGAGAGCGAUUCUGGAAGGAGCGCUGUGCAACUGCAGCUGCCCCCAUCAGGACUCCCUUAUUCAGCUAGAUCCGUUGUUGUAUACAAGAACACUCGCGGUCGUCCUCCCGGGCUUCUCGUAGUUUCCGGAGAAGGAGUCGCGCGUCAUUGGCCCUCUGUAACUUCCUCGAUUCACAGCGAGACUGUAAUCGACUUGGCGAGUGAGGUCACUUUAUCAGUGCAACUCUUGGAAUCGUCAGAUAUCGAGACUUCGUUCAUACUGACGACAACGUCAGGCUCUGUGUAUUUGCUAUCUGGCGGCACUGUGCGAACGCGGGGUAUUCAAUGGAUGAAAAUUGGAUCGAGGGAAACACGUGGAAUAGGAAGGCGCUUGUCGAAUAUCAUUUUCGGUUCGCAGGGCUCUUCUACGGACAGCUCACAAGUUCUGAACUCGCUGAUCUUUCAAGGAGAAUCUCAGGAGGAUAGCGAUCGGUCUUCACGCGGACGGCCAGUUGCCGGUGUGAGUGUAUGGUUACUAGAUGCAGCGAAAUUCCGGGGUGGAAUGCUUUUAUUAUUAGCGGGGAGUCAUGAUAAUACACUCAAUGUCUCUUUUUUCCUGGCGACGACUCAUUUUGAUGAUGCUGCUCCCGUUGAUGUGGAUUGGUUCUCAGUGAUACCUGUUGGGAGAGGACACGCGGACGACUUUAAGGCUGAUGAGGAAUCUGAUUUCGUUGGUCGUGUGCUUCUAUGUGUACCUGGACUGACUGCCAACUCAUCUAGUUGUGAAAAAACCGAUGGAGUAAUAAUUCUUUAUCCGCACUUUGUCCAAUCCGUAUACCCACCAGAUCACAUGGGUAGACACAAUGAACUUCCACUCAACAAAGUUCUGAGUUUUCCUAUCGGUGCAAAGAUAGUUGGGCAUGCUUGUGAUGAUCGUUUUUGCUACGUGAUGACUGUCGAAGGUGGUACAUCAUGUGUUCGCCUUUUACCGAAAGGUUUCGAUGAUGAUUUGAGGGAUGAUAAAACUUUUAUCGAUGAUCUCAUGGAUAUCAAGGAAAGUGUGUCUCAGGAUGAAAAAUCAUUACCACUUUUCAUCUCGGCGUUCGCGUCGUUUGUGGAAAAAAACAUUGUCAGCGCAUGUGAAGUUAUGAAAAAUCUCUUGAGCAAGAGUGAUGCUGACCUAACAGCUUUGGUGCACGCCUUUUUAAAGACUAUGAUUGAUCAGCCAAUUGCGUCAUCUCCUGAAGUAGAACUGAAGCGAAAGAAAAUUGUAUGUAAUCGUGUUGUCUUGUUUUUGAAGCAUAUGGAUAUUUACGAUCGGAUGGCGGAACGAGUAGCUGUAGCGAUAGCAUUGCGCAGCUGGGAGACAGCUCGGGAAGAUCGCGCCGAAAUAUUGGAACAAAUCACUAAACGUCUGGCGCACAUCACAAAUAAUCAGGGCGACUAUGACAAUCUCCUGUAUUCUACGCUUUCUUCUAUUCACCUACUACCUACAGCUUGUGCAGAAACUAUGCGUGAACUCAUGAAGCGAGCUGUUGAUAAAACAGCAAAACGUAUAAUGGUGCAUCUCUGCUCCGACUUGAUGCUUACUUUUGCUGAUGCUAUCGAGAUGUAUAGGAGGACAUCAUCAAAGCAAGCUGGUUCGAGAUCUGACGCCCAGUGGACAACCGGAGCUAUAUCUGAUGCUUACUCUGCAGUGUGCAAAAUUUUGCUGAAGGAGAUGGAAUCGCUCGAUCUACCCCAGUCUGAGAAAGCACGCUUGCGAGACUAUGUCGUUCGCAUGGCAAUAUUCCAUCUAAGCGAAUGCAAUGAGCCAAUUGAUGGACAUGAAAUUAUAAUUGCCCUGUACAAUGUUGAUGAGUGUGACGUGGCUGUGGAACUGGCUGAGAAAUUCAAGGAUUUCAAAGUUUUGGUGAAAGUAUGUCUCGAUCUGGAUGACUCUGAACGACGUGCUAAGCUCGAUGCUUACAAGAAACGAUUUGCUACUGAUGAGUUUGAUAUGUAUCUAUGUCGAUAUCUGAAGCAGAAAAACGCUGAUAUUAUUGUUCUCAUUUGCUCAGAUCUUCAUGAGCUGCUUUUGGAGGAGAAGGGAGAACGUGUUGACCAUUAUCUCUCUUCGUGCGAAGGAAUUCGUUGGAGAAGAGAACUCCAAAACAGACAGUUUGAAAAGGCUUCCAGAAGCUUGCUGAGUCUGGCUGAUCGUGAGAAUUCAGAUGUUAAGCGACAAAGAAGCCUUUACGCAUUCGCGAAGCUGGCUGCCGCCUGCAAAGAUGCCACCGCCGAAGAUGUUGUUAAAGAAGCCAACAGGAAACUAGUACUUAUCAAGCACCAGUCGUUAAUACCAGAAUCUUUGAUCAAGACUGUGUUUCCUGAUAAUCCUAACCGUCCACUGACUGCACUGGAAAUAAUCGAGUUGAAUAUGCUUGAUACCGAAAUUGUUGAAGGGCAUAGAAGGGCUCUCUACCUUGUGGCGAGGCUUCUUCAAGAUGAAGACAGUGCAGAGUUGCGUACACAAGUGAAGAAAAUUUGGAGCUCUGUUGUGAACAGCAGCGAAUGGAAAAAGGUGACUAACCUGUUUGAAGUUGCGGAAACUCUCUUUGGUGGGGUUCUGAAAGUUAUAGCUGACGAAGUUGAUCCAACGGAAACCUUGUUGCAAGUACUGCCACCCAUUGAUGCUCUUUUGAGGGAAUGUAAGAAGGCUCUAUCCGUAAACGAAUCGGCUCCGAAAUGGAUUCGGGACGCAGGUGAAAGAGUUUCAUCACUUCUGAAAGCUAAUCUGAAAGCGAAAAGGGAUGAAAAAGAAAGACGAGAGCGCGUCAUGCUGAGUGUUUUUGAAACGAAUCCAAUUUUCAAGAGUAGACCCCAACAGGAUGGAGCUAUGGAUUGCCUCACUGCUCACUGA